UCAUAUGACCUACGUUCGUUCACAACGACAACCCCUCCCCGAGAAUUUCCCAUAUCUUUAGAUCUCUCUCUCCUCUCCUGUCUUCGUCUCCGAUCUGCCCAAAAGACCCAAGAAAAAUCGACACUUUCUUCGACCCGGCGAGCGGAAGAUGUUCCUCUUUGACUGGUUCUAUGGGAUCCUCGCCUCUCUGGGUCUGUGGCAGAAGGAGGCGAAGAUCCUCUUCCUCGGCCUCGACAAUGCCGGCAAGACCACCCUCCUCCACAUGUUGAAGGACGAGAGAUUAGUGCAGCACCAGCCAACUCAGCACCCCACAUCGGAGGAGCUCAGCAUCGGGAAAAUCAAGUUCAAGGCUUUCGAUUUGGGGGGCCACCAGAUCGCUCGCCGAGUCUGGAAGGAUUACUAUGCCAAGGUAGAUGCGGUGGUAUACCUAGUGGAUGCCCACGACAAGGACAGGUUCGCAGAGUCAAAGAGGGAGCUUGAUGCGCUCCUCUCGGAUGAAGCCCUAGCUACCGUCCCCUUCCUGAUCCUUGGGAACAAGAUCGACAUUCCCUAUGCUGCCUCUGAGGACGAUCUCAGGUAUCAUCUAGGUCUGACCAACUUCACCACUGGUAAGGGCAAAGUCAACCUUGGGGAUUCGACUGUUCGGCCCAUGGAGGUCUUCAUGUGCAGCAUUGUGCGUAAGAUGGGAUAUGGGGACGGGUUCAAGUGGCUAUCUCAAUACAUCAAGUAGAGGGAAAAAAGAGGAAACCUUUUUAGGGUUUAGUCAGUGGAUGAAUAUGUAGCUUUUUCCCGGUCAUUCUGCGGUUCCGAAGAAAGAAAGGGUCAUUACUGGGAGGGGAUUCAUCGCAAAUUAUAUAUGUCCCACACUAAUGAGUUCGUCGUGUUUCAAAGGACAUAUCUGUUGAGUUUGUUCUUGUGACCCUGAUGGAUUCUUAUUUUUGUCAAACAUUUAUUGUGUUUUUUUUUCCCCGAGGAUUUGAUAAUAAAUUAAGGACCAUAAGUUGUCACUUGAAUGCGUUUA